AUGCCGCCUCGGCCUAAGCUCAGAGCAGCCGCGGCCAAGCUCCCCCUCACCGCCACCUUCCUAUCCCUCGCCCUUCUCCUCCUGCCGCUCGGCUUCGUCGCCACCCACACGGCAUUCUCCGGUGGCGUCGCCGUGUCCACGUUCGCCACCGCCGACGAGCGCCACCGCGAAGAACGGGUGCUUCUUGCGGGUAAGGACGGCGGCAAUGCCGACGCGGACGCCGCUGCCGCCGCCGCGGAGCACGCGGCCGCCGUGGACCGGCACUGCGCCGGCACGCUGCACCGCGACGUGUGCGCGUCGACGCUCGCCACCAUCCCGAACCUCGCACAGAAGCCGCUGCGGGACGUGAUCUCCGACGUGGUGGCGCGCGCGGCGGCGGCGGUGCGCGCGUCCUCGUCCAACUGCUCGUCCUACCUCCGUCGCCCCCAGGGCCUGCGCGUGCGCGACCGCCUGGCGCUGUCCGACUGCCUGGAGCUGUUCGGGCGCACGCUGGGGCAGCUGGGCACGGCGGCGGACGAGCUGUCGGCGGGGAACCGCACGGCGGAGGGGUCCAUCGCGGGCGUCCAGACCGUGCUCUCGGCCGCCCUGACGAACCAGUACACCUGCCUGGAGGGGUUCGCGGGCCCGUCGGCGUCGGAGGAUGGGCGCGUCCGGCCCUACAUCCAGGGCCGCAUCUACCACGUGGCCCACCUGGUGUCCAACUCCCUCGCCAUGCUGCGCCGCCUCCCGCAGCGCCGCCGCCGGCGCGAGGCGCUGGAGGGGUACGGGCGGGUGCGGCGCGGGUUCCCGUCGUGGGUGUCGGCGGGGGACCGGAGGCGGCUGCUGCAGCAGCAGGCGGGCGCGGCGCCGGCGGACCUGGUGGUGGCCAAGGACGGGAGCGGCAACUUCACGACGGUGGGCGAGGCGGUGGCGGCGGCGCCCAACAACAGCGAGGCGCGCUUCGUGAUCUACAUCAAGGCGGGCGGGUACUUCGAGAACGUGGAGGUCGGGGCCGAGAAGACGAACCUGAUGUUCCUCGGCGACGGCAUGUGGAAGACGGUGAUCAAGGCCAGCCGCAACGUCGCCGACAACUCCACCACCUUCCGCUCCGCAACGCUAGCGGUGGUCGGCACGGGGUUCCUGGCGCGCGACCUGACGGUGGAGAACGCGGCGGGGCCGAGCAAGCACCAGGCCGUGGCGCUGCGCGUCAACGCCGACCUCGCCGCCUUCUACCGCUGCAGCUUCGCGGGCUACCAGGACACGCUCUACGCCCACUCCCUCCGCCAGUUCUACCGCGACUGCGACGUCUACGGCACCGUCGACUUCGUCUUCGGGGACGCCGCCGUCGUGCUCCAGGGCUGCAGCCUCUACGCGCGCCGCCCGGAACCCGGCCAGAAGAACGUCGUCACCGCGCAGGGCCGCGAGGACCCCAACCAGAACACGGGCAUCGUCGUGCAGGGCGGCAAGGUCGCCGCCGCCGCCGACCUCAUCCCCGUCCUCGCCAACUUCUCGUCCUACCUCGGCCGGCCAUGGAAGCUCUACUCGCGGGCGGUGUUCGUGCAGACCAAGAUCGAGGGCCUCAUCCACCCGAGGGGAUGGCUCGAGUGGAACGGGAGCUUCGCGCUCGACACGCUCUACUACGCCGAGUACAUGAACCGUGGGCCCGGCGCAAACACGUCGGCGAGGGUGGCCUGGCCCGGCUACCACGUGCUCACCAACGCCACCGUCGCCGCCAACUUCACCGUGCUCAACUUCAUUCAGGGCGACCUCUGGCUCAACUCCACUACCUUCCCCUACACACUGGGCUUGAGUUAGUUGCACAACCCAAUGCAUGAGCUGCUGCCUGCUGGUUCGAUCGAUCCAAUAUAUAUGGGGAUUUUUUUUAGCCCAUCUUUUUUUGGUUCUCUCUUCUUUAGAAGAAUAAUAAGGGAAGGUGGUUGGGGCUCAGCUCAGGUUCCGUAGUUCCUAGUAGUCCUGAAAGCUGGACCUCUGCUACUACAUGUGUUUCCAUAUGAUUCUUGGUUAAUGUCUGUAAAAGCCGAAGGCUAGUCAUGGACGGAGAUGACCUCUCA